AUGCUCAAAGUUGAUGCCGAAUUCUGGUGGGAUGGAGCAAGACGGUUGUUGGAGGAUGCUGGAACAGAUAUCAGCUGGGCCACCUUCAAGGAAGCUUUCUACAAGAAGUACUUCUCCCUUUCUGUUCGAGAGUCCAAGAAGAUGGAGUUUCUUCAGCUGAAGCAAGAUAGGAUGAGUAUUGCAGAGUACACAGAGAAGUUCGAGAGGCUCUGUAAAUUUUCCGCAAUGUAUAAGGCUAAUCCAGAUAAAAAGUGGAAGUGUAUGAAGUAUCAAGGAGGGCUCAGGGCAGAGAUCCUAACCACAAUAGCCCCACUGGAAAUCCGGGAGUUCUCCUCCCUUGUUAGCAAGUGCCAGGUGAUCGAAGAAUGCACACAAAAAACUAGCAUCAGAAAGAAGCGAGGCUUUCAAGAAAAGGCAGCUGAAUCAAGGAUCUUCUCAGCAGUUGUCACAGAAGAAGGCCUUUCUUGGAAGACCUACAGGAAGGCAACCUCAACAAGGCACGAAUCGCCAGAAACCUCCCACUAA